CUUGUAAUCAUCCAAAAUUUUCUGGUUCUGUUUGAUAAUCGCGAUUUUUCUUCAAAUUGAAUCUGUUUAAUUGGUGUUAGAAGUCACUGUAUGGUAUGAUUUUAUAUGAUAUUCAUGACUUUAUACAGAAAUAAGUUAGAUAGAUGAUUUUUUCUAUCUAUUAGCAUCAAUUUAAUACUAAUUAACCCAUAUCCCACUAACUAUUAAUACCUAUUAUAUCUAAUAAUUAACUUAGAAUCUACCUAUUUCCUGCAUACAACCACCCAUAUAAAUUUUUUUGGUGAUGAAAAUUUUUUGAAAAAAAAAAAACUUCAACAUCACAAAUUGAAUCAAAAGAACAGUGAAAACCAUUUAUAGAUAGAUCAAAAUUCAAUACUUAUUAUAGCUACUAUGUCUGGAGAAACAUCUUUUAUGCAUUUGGUUAGACCAAAUGUUUCUGCUCCAGCUGCAUCUGCUGCCACUGGAACUGCCAAUAUCAAAAUACAUGCACCAGCUCUUUUCCAAAUCUUAGAAAUUGUAUCUAAACAAGUUCUUUCAGCUGAAAAGAGAAUCAUUGGUACUUUAGUUGGAUUAAGAUCUGAUGAUGGAUUAGAACUUGAAAUCAGAGAUGCAUUUGUGGUUCCAUGUAAUGAAACUGGAGAUUCCAUCACUAUUGAAGAUAGUGUUCAUAAAACUUUAUUCCAAUUAUAUAAAAAGGCUCAUCCAAAGGAAGCAGUGUUAGGAUGGUUUGGAAGUUCAAAUCAAAUAGAUAAUACUACUAGUUUGAUUCAUGAUUUUUAUUCCAAGGGAAGUGAUAGAGCAUUUCCUCAUGCUGCUAUUUAUUUAAAUGUUGAAUAUUUAACAGCUGAUAAUCAAAUAACUGUACCAAAAUUAUCAACUUAUAUUGGUGCAGCAGUUGGUAAACCAGCUGCCAAUACUCAAAUUGGUUGGAAAACCACUACUGUUAAUAAUUCCUAUAUUUUCACUCCAAUUCCAAAUCAAGUUGUUAAUGGAUCAAUUACGGAAAAGAUUGCCUUUAAUAUUUUAAAAGAAAAAUCAGUUAAUACUCCAUCUACAAGUUUAGAAUCUGAUUUAUCAUAUUUAUCAAAACAAUUACAAGUGGUUGAUACUAACAUUGAUAAUAUAUUACAUUAUAUUGAAUCGAAAGGUUUAGAAACCAAUCAUAAUUCUGAUAAAGAUAUUGAUUUAUUAAGAUUAUUAAGUAAUAAUUUAUUGAAUAGACCUCAACAAUUAAGUAAUAGUGAAGAAUUAAAGAAUUUAUUCAGUGCUCAUAAUCAAGAUGUGAUUAUGAUUGAAUAUUUAACUAAAGCUGUUAAAGAUCAAAUUGAAUUAAGUGCAAGAUUAACUGCCAGUGCUGAUGCUGAAAAGAAAGUUUAAUCUCAUUUAAGACAUUAUUCAUGCAUAUCCCAUCCAACAAUCAACAAAUCAUCAUAACGUUAAUUCAUUUAUCAUUAUUAUAUACAUUUCCAACCUAAUCAAUCUGUGUAAAGUAGUUUUUUUGUUAUUAUAAAUGAUUUUCAGGUGCAAAAAUAUUUCAUACUAAAUACAUGUAUAUAGAUGGAGAUUGUACCUUGAAGUAUUAUAAUAAUACCUUUAGAAAGUAAUACAAGUAUUAUUUCGAUAAGUAGUGUGUGUACCUGUAGAGUAGUGUACUUGUCUCUAACUUAUAUCUUGACCCGUAUGGUCACACUAGGAAUAUCCAUCCACAGUUACAGUAAAUAUUUCGCAGUAGUUAGUUAAAGGUGAAAUUUUAAACAAAAGACGACAGAGAGAGCCUCAUCUCAUGAGGGUUACAAAACUAAAAAAAGAAAAUCCCAAAAAAAAUUUUAACAGACAAACCGUUUACAUAGAUA